AGUGUAUGAAAUGAAAGUGUCUUCUUGAGUUUUAUUAGCUGUUCACAAGCCCCUCCUCAUCAAGCAUAAUGAGAAGUAAUCAUAUGGCUUUCAAGGGACUAACAUACCUCUUCCUGCUCCUCUUGCAUAUGGCCAUGGCAUUUGGCGACGCUCUCUCGACCUACCAUCACUCUCUCCUCACUGACAAAGCUGCACUCCUAGCAUUCAGAAGGGCGAUACUUGUCGAUCCUCAUUCAAGGCUUGAGAGCUGGAAUGAGGGCAAUGAUGUCUGCAACUUCACCGGUGUGAGCUGUGGCAGGUUUCAUCACCGCGUGAUGCUGAUCAACCUCAAUGCCUCUGACCUCGUCGGCCUCCUCUCUCCCUUCAUUUCGAAUCUCACACAACUUCGCGUCCUCCAGCUCGCUGACAACCAUCUCUUUGGCAUCAUCCCACCCGAGAUUUCUUUCCUUCAGCACCUUCGCGAUCUAAGGCUUGAUAACAACAGUUUGUAUGGCUCAAUUCCAGCUUCUCUGUCUUUCCUGUCCAAACUUUUACUCAUCAGUCUUAGGGGGAAUAAGUUCAGUGGAACUAUUCCACAUUCUGUCUUCACCAACUGCACCUUACUGUACAACGUCGACUUCUCAGACAACCUCCUCACAGGGAACAUUCCAUCAGAAAUAGGAAACUGCCCAGAAUUAUGGACCCUUAAUUUGUAUGAUAACCAACUGACAGGAGAAAUCCCUUACUCUUUGACCAAUGCCUCAGACAUGAUUAAUUUGGAUGUGGAGAACAACCAUCUGUCUGGUGAAUUGCCUUCAGUAAUCGUAUCGAAGCUGCAUAAGUUAUGGUUCCUUCACUUAUCAAAUAAUGCUAUGGUGAGUCAUGAUCUGAACACUGAUCUUGAGCCAUUCUUUACUGCUCUAUCGAACUGCAGUCGAUUAGCGGAGCUGGAACUGAGCAGUAUGGGUCUUGGAGGAAGGUUAUCUAGUUCCCUUGCAAGAGUUGGCGCGACUCUGGAAACUUUGCAGCUGCAGGACAACCAGAUAAUUGGAUCUAUUCCUCAUGAUUUUGGCAGAUUUUCGAACCUUACGCUCUUGAACUUGACAGCAAAUCUUCUGAAUGGCACCAUUACAACAGAAAUAAGCAAAAUGGCAAGCUUGGAGCAGCUUUACUUGUCUCACAACAUGCUGACAGGUGAUAUCCCAGAAGCUUUAGGGCAGUUGUCUCAUCUAGGUGUGUUAGAUCUUUCAAAUAACAGGUUAUCUGGAAGCAUCCCUCAAAGUCUAGGGAAUUCGAUAAAUUCUUUGUUCCUCAACAACAACCUUCUCUCAGGACAUAUUCCUAAAAGUUUGGGGAAAUGCAAAGGCCUGUACAGAGUAGACCUCUCUUUUAAUAGACUGACAGGAAGCAUUCCCCCGGAGAUAUCAGAAAUGCGGGAGCUUCGAAUUUUCCUGAAUCUUUCACAUAACCAGCUUAAUGGGUCUUUGCCUAUUGAGCUAAGCAAGCUGGAAAAUGUCCAGGAGAUUGAUCUGUCUUCAAAUCGCCUCAGCGGAAGUAUAUUUUAUCAGAUUUCAAACUGCAUUGCCUUGACAAAGCUAAACCUAUCAGCCAACAAUCUAGAAGGGCAUCUUCCAGAAUCCUUGGGUGAGAUGAGGAACCUUGAAGUUUUUGAUGUGUCAGGAAACAAUUUGUCUGGAACGAUACCAACAAGCUUGAAUAAGGUCCACACCCUCACAUUUCUGAACCUCUCAUCCAAUGACCUUGAUGGGGUGAUUCCUAGUGGAGGCAUCUUUGAUUCUGCCACAAAUUUAUCAUUCCUGGGUAACCAACAUCUCUGUGGGCAUAUUCCUGGUAUCCCUGCUUGCCAGACAAAGGGAGGAUAUCGCGUCUUUAUCAUAUCAGCAUCAGUUUUCCUCUCAACAAUAUGCUGUUUAAUUGGCUGCAGGCUCUUGAAACGUAUGCUUUCAUCAAGCCAGCAGCCUGAAGCAGAGAAGAAAUUGCCACUCGAGUCGAUAUGCAAUAUCCCAAGAAUACCAUAUAAAGAACUGUCAGAUGCCACCGGAGGAUUUGAUGAGAGCCACUUGAUUGGAACAGGAAGCUAUGGAUGUGUGUACAAGGGAGUUCUUCCAGAUGGAACGCCAAUAGCUGUCAAGGUGCUAAGUAUGCAGACUGGCAAUUCCGUGAAGAGCUUUAACAGAGAAUGCCAAGUACUAAGGAGGAUUCGACACAGAAAUCUGAUAAGAAUCAUAACAGCCUGUAGUCUACCCGAUUUCAAGGCUCUUGUUCUUCCCUACAUGGCAAAUGGGAGCUUAGACAGCCGUUUAUACCCCCACCCACACUCGGGAUCCUCUGACUUGAGCUUAAUGCAGAGGGUGAACAUUUGCAGUGACAUUGCAGAAGGGCUAGCUUACCUACACCACCAUUCUCCUGUCAAAGUCAUACACUGUGAUCUAAAGCCUAGCAAUGUUCUUCUCAAUGAGGACAUGACAGCAUUAGUCUCCGAUUUCGGUAUAUCUAAGCUAGUCAUGACAACUACUGGAUCAGGCAAUGCUGAUCAGAAACUGGGGAAUUCUACUGCAAAUAUGUUAUGUGGCUCUAUUGGAUACAUUGCACCAGAGUAUGGAUUUGGAUCAAGCACAUCUACAAAAGGAGAUGUAUACAGCUUUGGGGUGUUGGUUCUGGAGAUGGUGACAAGAAAGAAACCAACUGAUGACACAUUUGGGAGAAGCUUAAGCCUACACGAGUAUGUGAAAAGUGAGCAUUACAGGCAGAUGGAAAUAGUGGACUCUUCAUUGAUGAGAGCUCUGAAAGACCAGUCACCUGAAGUGAUGAAGAUGUGGGAAGUUGCCAUAAGAGAGCUGUUUGAGGUUGGGAUGCUGUGCACACAAGACUCUCCCUCCACAAGGCCUACAAUGCUUGAUGCAGCAGAUGACUUGAAUCGCCUCAAGCGAUACCUUACUGGUGAUACCACUGCAACAUUUGCCUCUUCUCUUGGAAUAUCAUCCUCCACCCUAAGCAUUGAUUAAUGUUUUCAUGUGAAUUCACAUUUUCAAUAAUUAUAUUUCUUUCUACUAAUCAUAACUAAACA